UUUCUAGGAAGCCGGGAGCCCGGUGGGCUGCGCGGUGGGCCGGCUUUAAAGUGUUGGUUUAUUCGCUGUAUGUGAAGAAGUGUUGGGGUUGGAUUGUCGGGAGAAGGUCCGGACGGGCUCGGACCUCCCCGCUACCCCCUCACCCCUACGCCUUCUGAGUGGGUCUCGGCAGGAGGCGGUAUCCACUGGGGACACGUGCGAGGGAGGCGAAGUACGAAGACGCCUGCGGCUGACUGCGCACAGGUAGAACUCUCUGCUACCAGUGAUGUUCAGAUAAACUUCAGUGAAAUGACUCUUCAGGAAUUGGUGCAUCAGGCUGCCUCCCGUUAUUCGGAUAAAAUAGCUGUAUGUUUUGAUGAGUGUAACAACCAACCUCCAGUUUAUUACACCUACAAGACUGUGGUUAACGCUGCUUCAGAAUUAUCAAAUUUUCUGCUGUUACAUUGUGACUUUCAAGGAAUUCGGGAAAUUGGUCUCUACUGCCAUCCUGGGAUAAACUUACCCUCUUGGAUUUUAGGAAUUCUCCAAGUCCCUGCUGCUUAUGCACCUAUUGAUCCAGAUUCACCACCAGCAUUAUCAAUUCAUUUUAUGAAAAAAUGUAAUCUAAAGUAUAUCCUUGUUGAAAAACAGCAAAUUAAUAAAUUCAAAUCUUCCUAUGAAACGUUAUUGAACUAUGAUACGUUUACAGUAGAACAUAAUGACCUAGUACUCUUCAGACUUCACUGGAAAAAUGUUGAGGUGAGCUUGAUGCUAAAUAAUAGCAUAAGAAGAGAGACAUAUGAAAAAGAAAAAAUGACAAAGAGUGUGAAUUCUGAGAACAGCAGUGAAGAAAAGUUAGAAGAGCACAUGGAUGUGAGGCUAAAGCAUUGCUUGGCCUAUGUUCUCCGUACAUCAGGCACCACGGGGAUACCUAAGAUUGUCAGAGUCCCUCAUGCAUGUAUAGUGCCAAACAUCCAGCACUUUCGGGUGCUUUUUGAGAUCACUCAGGAGGAUGUUUUGUUUCUGGCUUCACCUCUGACCUUUGAUCCUUCUGUUGUGGAAAUAUUUGUUGCUCUAUCAAGUGGUGCCUCUCUGCUUAUUGUACCAACUUCUGUCAAAGUGCUCCCAUCAAAAUUAGCUGCUGUUCUCUUUUCCCAUCACAGAGUGACUAUUUUACAGGCAACACCGACAUUGCUUAGAAGAUUUGGAUCUCAGCUUAUCAAGUCAACUGUUUUAUCAACCAAUACUUCUCUUCGAGUAUUGGCCCUUGGUGGCGAAGCAUUUCCAUCAUUAACUGUUCUCAAAAGCUGGAGAGGAAUAGGCAAUAAAACACAAAUAUUUAAUGUUUAUGGUAUCACCGAGGUCUCAAGUUGGGCGACUUUUUACAGGAUACCAGAGAAAAUUCUUAACUCUACUUUGAAAUGUGACUUGCCUGUACAACUGGGAUUUCCACUGCUUGGAACAGUAGUUGAAGUCAAAGAUACUAAUGGUUUCACAGUUCAAGAAGGCAAUGGCCAAGUAUUUUUAGGUGGCAGAAAUAGAGUAUGUUUUCUUGAUGAUGAAAUGACAGUACCACUUGGCACAAUGAGGGCCACAGGAGACUUUGUGACUAUAAAAGAUGGAGAGAUAUUUUUCUUGGGACGAAAGGACAGUCAGAUCAAACGUCAUGGCAAACGUCUUAACAUUGAACUUGUGCAACAGGUUGCUGAAGGUCUUCAACAAGUGGAAUCUUGUGCAGUUACAUGGUAUAAUCAGGAAAAAUUAAUUUUGUUCAUGGUGUCCAAAAAUGAUUUAGUAAAGGAUUACGUCUUUAAAGAACUGCAGAAACAUCUUCCAAGUCAUGCAAUCCCGGAUGAGCUUGUAUUGAUUGAUUCUCUACCAUUUACAUCUCAUGGCAAAAUUGAUGUUUCUGAGUUAAAUAAGAUUUAUUUAAACUCCAUAAACUUGAAGUCUGAAUGUAAACUCAAUGGAAAAGAGGAACUUUGGGAAAAAUUACAUCAUUUGUGGAAGUCUGUUCUGAGUCUCUCAGAAGACCCUUUGAAGGUUCCUGAUGAGUCACUCUUCUUAAAUAGUGGUGGAGAUUCUUUGAAGUCCAUACGGCUCCUCAAUGAGAUUGAAAACCUUGUUGGCACAGCAGUACCUGGGCUUCUGGAAAUUAUUCUUAGCAGUUCUAUUUUAGAGAUUUACAAUCACAUCCUUCAAACAGUGUUUCCAGAUGAAGAUCUGACAUUUAGCAAGAAUUAUUCCACAAAAAGAAAAUCCAGCGAUGUUAAUCAAGAGGAAACCAGUGGAAAAUCUUUACAUCAGGAAUCUGUCAUGCCUUUAAAUUGUGACAACGAGAUCAAUGCUUUUAUUGCACUGAGCCGAGGGAGUCAGAUUUUGUCUCUGAAUACUACUAGGUUUUUAACUAAGUUGGAACAUUGCCCUUCAGCCUGUUCUUCUGAUAUAAUUUCACAGACUAACAUUCAAAAUAUGAAAAGCUUAAAUCCUCCAGCUCUUAUUGGGAAGUCAAAAGAUAUGUCCUGUGUUGCAAAAGUUUCUGAAGAGGAAACAUCUGUGAUGGGGGCUGAGAAAAUGGAGUUUCAUGUGAGGUGGAGGUCAGACACAGGCAAAUGUGUGGAUGCUUCACCUCUGCUUGUAAUACCAGCUGUUGAUAAGUCAUCUGCAACUGUGUACAUUGGCUCCCAUUCUCAUAGAAUGAUGGCAGUUGAUCUUUACUCUGGAAAGGUGAAAUGGGAACAGAUUUUGGGAGAUCGCAUUGAAUCCUCAGCAUGUGUAUCUAAGUGUGGAAACUUUAUUGUAGUGGGCUGUUAUAAUGGGUUGGUUUAUAUUCUGAAGAGUAAUAGUGGAGAAAAAUACUGGAUGUUUACUACUGAUGAUGCUGUCAAAAGCUCAGCAACUGUGGAUCCAACCACAGGACUUUUUUACAUUGGUUCUCAUGACCAGCAUGCAUAUGCUUUAGAUAUAUAUAAAAAGAAGUGUGUUUGGAAGUUGAAAUGCGGAGGAACUGUUUUUUCUUCUCCUUGUUUGAGCCUGAUUCCAUAUCACUUGUAUUUUGCUACGCUGGGAGGACUUUUACUGGCUAUAAAUCCUGCCACUGGGAAGAGAGUUUGGAAACAUUCCUGUGGAAAGCCACUCUUUUCUUCUCCACGGUGUUGCCUACAGUAUAUUUGUAUUGGCUGUGUAGAUGGGAAUUUUCUCUGCUUUACUCACUUUGGAGAACAGAUUUGGCAGUUCUCUACCAAUGGACCAAUCUUUUCAUCCCCAUGUACCUCAGCAUCAGAGCAAGAAAUAUUUUUUGGUUCCCAUGAUUGCUUUAUCUACUGUUGUAGUAUGAAAGGUCACCUCCAAUGGAAAUUUGAAACUACUUCAAGGGUGUAUUCAACACCAUUUGCUUUCCAUAACCACAGUCGUGGCAAUGAAGUGUUGCUGGCAGCAGCAUCUACUGAUGGGAAGCUAUGGAUCUUGGAAUCUAAGAGUGGAGAGUUGCAAAGUGUGUAUCAACUUCCUGGAGAAGUUUUCUCUUCUCCUGUGGUCUGGGAAUCAAUGCUUAUUAUUGGAUGUAGAAAUAAUUAUGUUUAUUGUCUGGAUUUAUUGGGUGGCAAUCAAAGAUAAUGAAGGACAGUCUUUACUAGAAAAUAUCUGUGAGAUGUUUGAAAAUAUUUUACAUUAUGGAGCAUGUGGAUAGUCUUAUUUUAUGUUAAAGAUUAUAUUUUGUUUAAGAAACUUGUCUAUUACACUUUAUUGGAAAACAACCGUAUUUUACUUCCUAUAGGAGCAACAAAUGCUUUUAAAAGGAAUUAUAGAACAAAACACAUCAAUAUGUUAAGUGACAGUUUCUUUUAAUUAGGCUACAGAUGUUCUACUUGGUUUUUUAUAAAAGACUUCUGGAAAAAAAGAUCAGAAUAUACUUGGUGGGUUAAAAAAUUAGUCUGUGAUGUAAUACACCAUUCACUCAUUUAUACUGAGAUUCAUAACAAGAUUUUCAAAGAAAGGAUCUAUUUAUCAAAUUAGUUUCCAUAAUUUAAAAUUUUUUAUUAUUAUUUUUAUAUUUUAUUUAUUUAUUUAUUUGGUUGCACCAGGUCGUAGUUGGGGCAGGCAGGCUCCUUUAGUUGUGGCUCAUGGGCUCCUUGGUUGCAGCACGUAGCCUCCAUAGUUGCAGCUCGCCAGCUCCUUAGUUGCGGCACGUGGGCUCCUUAGUUGUGGCUCACGGGCUACUUAGUUGUAGCAUGCGAACUCUUAGUUGUGGCAUGCUUGUGGGAUCUACUUCCCUGACCAGGGAUCGAACCCAGGCCCCCUGCACUGGGAGCAGGGAGUCUUAACCACUGCGCCACCAGGGAAGUCCCUGUAGUAGUCUCUUACGAUCUUUAAUAUUUCUGUGGUGUCAGUUGUAACUUCUUCUUUUCCAUUUCUGAUUUUAUUGAUUUGGGCCCUCUCUCUUUUUUUUAUUGAUGAGUCUGGCUAAAGGUUUAUCUGUUUUUUUUUUAAGCUUUUCAAAGAAGCAGCUUUUAGUUUCAUUUUAUUGUUUUUUAAGUCUCCUUCAUUUAUUUCUGCUCUGAUCUUUAUGAUUUAUUUCCUUAUACUAACUUUGGGUUUUGUUUGUUCUUUUUCUAGUUUAGAUGUAAGGUUAGGUUGUUUGAGAUUUUUCUCAUUUCCUGAGAUAAGCUUGUAUUGCCAUAAACUUCUCUCUUAGAACUGCUUUUGCUGUGUCCCAUAGAUUUUGGAUCAUUGUUUUUCAUUUUCAUUUGUCUCCAGGUAUUUUUUUAAAAUUUCCUCUUUGAUUUCUUCAGUGAUCCAUUGGUUUUUUAGUAGCAUAUUGUUUAGCCUCCACGUGUUUGUGGUUUUGCAAUUUUUUUCUUGUAGUUGAUUUCUGGUCUUCUAGCGUUGUGGUUGGAAAAGAUGCUUGAUAUGAUUUCAAUUUUCUUAAAUUUACUGAGGCUUGUUUUGUGGCCUAGCAUGUGAUUUAUCCUGGAGAGUGUUCUAUGUGCACUUGAAAACAAUGUAUUCUGCUGCUAUUGGAUGGAAUGUUCUAAAUGUGUUUAUUAAGUCUUAUCUGGUCUAAUGUGUCAUUUAAGACACAGUGUUUCCUUACUGAUUUUCUGUCUGGAUGAUCUGUCCAUUGAUGUAAUUGGGGUGUAAAACUUUCCUACUAUUAUUGUGUUACUAUUGAUCUCUCCCUUUAUGUCUGCUGGUAUUUGCUUUAUGUAUUUUGGUGUUCCUAUGUUGGUGUUUAUAUAUUUACAGUUGUUAUGUCUUCUUGAAUUGAUCCCUUGAUCAUUAUGUAGUGUCCUUCUUUGUCUCUUCCAACAGUCUUUAUUGUAACAUCUAUUUUAUCAUAUAUAAGUAUUGCUACUUACCCUGGCUUUCUUUUGAUUUCCAUUUGUGUUCAAUACCUUUUGUAUCUCUUCACUUUCAAUCUGUGUAUGUCUUUAGAUCUGAAGUGAGUCUCCUGUAGGCAGGAAGGCGGGAUAUAUAUGGGUCUUUUUUUUUUUUUAAUCCAUUCAGCCACUCUGUGUCUUUUGAUUGGAGCAUUUAGUCCAUUUACAAUUAAAGUAAUUAUAUGUAUGUUCUAAUUGCCAUUUUGUUAAUUAUUUUAGGGUUUUUUUGUAGGGCUGUUUUGUUCCUUCUUUUGUUCUCUUGUGAUUUGAUGACUAUCUUUAGUGUUAUGUUUGGAUUCCUUUUCUCUUCUUUUGUGUAUCUAUUAUAGAUUUUUGGCUUGUAGUUACCAUGAGGUAUUUAUAUAGUAAUCUGUAUUUAUACAUGAUUGUUUUAUGUUGUUGAUCUCUUAAUUUCAAAUACAUUUUAACAAUCCUGCAUUUGUAUUCUCCUCCCCUCACAAUUAUUAUUUUUGGUAUCAUAUUUUACCUCUGAUUGUUUUGUGUAACCCUUAACUGCUUAUUUUAGAUAUAGAUGAUUUUACUACUCUCUUAACCUCCCUGCUAACUUUGUGUAUGGAUGAUUUCCUACCUUUACUGUAUGUUUGCCUUUACCAACGAGUCUUUUCAUUUCAUAAUUUUCAUUUAUCUAGUUGUGGCCGUUUCUUAUUCGUUAAGAGAAGUUCCUUAAAUAUUUCUUGUAAGUUUGGUGGUGCUGAACUCUUUUAGCUUUUGCUUGUCUGUAAAGAUUUUGAUCUUUCCAUCAAAUCUGAAUGAGAGCCUUGCUGGGAGUAUUCCUGGUUGUGGGUUUUUUCCUUUAUCACUUUAAAUAUGUUGCCCUUCUGGCCUGCAGAGUUUCUGAUGAAAAGUCAGCCAAUAGCUUUAUGGGAGUUCCCUUCUAUGUUAUUUGUUGUUUUUCUUUGGCUGCUUUUAAUAUUGUCUCUGUCUUUAAUUUUUGACAUUUUAAUUACAACAUGUUUUAGUGUAUUCCUCUUUGGGUUAAUCUUGUAUGGGACUCUCUGUGCUUCCUGGACUUGGAUGUCUGUUUCCUUUCCCACGUUAGGGAAGUUUUCAGUUAUUAUGUCUCAGAUAUGUUCUCAGUCACUUUCUGUCACUCUUCUCCUUGUGGGACCCCUAUAAUGAGAAUAUUAGUGCACUCAGUGUUGUCCCAGAGGUCUCUUAUACUGUCCUCAUUUCUUUUCCUUUCUUUUUUCUGUUCAGCAUCAAUGAUUUCCACUACUGUGUCUUCCAGCUCACUGAUCUGUUUCUCUGUAUCAUUUAGUCUACUAUUGAUCCUUCUAGUGUAUUUUUAAUUUCAGUUAUCAUGUUCUUCAUCUGUUUGGUUAUUCUUUAUAUUUUCUAGCUCUUUGUUAAAAACUUUUAAUUUUCACUCUAUGUAUCCAUUCUUUUCCCAUGUUCUCUGAUCAUCUUUAUAAUCAUUGCCCUGAGCUCUUUUUUGGGUAUUUGCCUAUCUCCACUUCAUUUAGUUUUUCUUGUGGGGUUUUAUCUUGUUCCUUCAUUUAGAACAUGUUCCUCUGUUGCCUCAUUUUGCCUAAGUUGCUGUUUGCAUUUUUAUGUUUCUGGUAGGUUGGUUAUGUUUCCUGACCUUGGAGAAGUGGCCUCCUGUAGGCGACGUCCUAUGUGUCCCAGCAGUGCAUUCCCCGCUUAAUCACCCAAGCUAUAUGCUCUGGUGGUUUCCUGCUAUGAGGGCUGUGUGGGUCCUUCUGUUGUGGUGAGCUAACUAUGUGGGCCGUCUGGUAGGCUUGGUUGGCCCCUGUUCAGGUUGGUUGCUCAGCCCUGCCCUGUGCAGAGGCUGCUGGCCACUGGUUGGCAUGACCAGGUCACAAGAUGGCUGACUGCAGAACCCCAGGGGCCCCAGGGCUAGUGCUGGCUCACUGGUGGGUAGAGUCAGGGUCUAGAAAACACCAGGGCUGUUGCCUAUCCUAUGGUGGGUGAAGCAAAGUCCUGGGGUUAGUACUGGUCUACUGGUAGGCAGAGCCAGGUCCUGGAGUCUGGAUGCAAGGCCAGUGGUCCCAGAUCUGUUGUCAGA